AUGUUUUCUGAACCCAUAGUGAAGUUGGCCUACAUAAUACCUUUGAAAAGAAUUAACCUGAACAGAUCACAGAAGCCUAUUUCAAACGUGACUCUAAGGGCCAACGCCACUGAUCUAGUGGAAUUGAACGACACUGCCAUUUUCACCUGCUCUGUCUCCUCUGGCACCUCCCUCUCCUACCGCUGGCUGAAUGGCAGCUCAGAGGUCACAGCCAGUGACAGAGUUCGGCUUGGUGUUGGGUACAACACUCUUACCAUAGUCAGUGUGACACGAUACGAUGAAGGGCCGUUAAGAUGUGAGGUCAUCAAUGGAAUCAGCAAUGGCACCAGCCGGCCCAUUGGCCUCAAUGUUAGAUAUGGCCCAAGUAACCUCACCAUGAUGGUAGUUCCUGAGAUGACCAUAGGACAUACAGCCUACAAGACGGGCUCUGUCAUCACUCUGUCCUGCUCCGCUCAGUCCAAACCCGCUGAGUCCUUCAAGUGGAGCUUUAAUGGGACGUUCCUCAACGAGCAAAGCCCACAGCUCAGCCUGCAGAACACCAGAGAGAACCAGACAGGAAGUUACGCCUGCUUAGCCUACAACAAUGUCACACUCCGAUACGCCACCAUGACCACAAUGAUAAAGAUCGUGGAGCCGAUAUCAGCGGUUACGUUGAACCGUGAUGGGAAGCCACCAAUACUGGAUCAAUCGGUCACUCUGCGGUGUGAGGUGACUGGACCUGUAGACUACAUUCACUGGCUGAUGAACGGCCAGCUCAUCUCCCUAAACAACAGAACAUUCUUCUCUACGGACAACAAGACAAUGGUUAUCAACCCAAUCCAGUUGUCUGAUAGUGGAGAAUAUCUAUGUGAGGCCUUUAAUGCUGUUAGCAACCUGACCAGCAUGACAUACAAGCUUGUGGUGAACUGUGAGUAUUACAAGAGCUGGUAG